GGGUAAGUUCCCCUUCCGCUUCCUCCUGCCUCCUGUCCCGCUGCUGCUCCCCGCUCAGGACGCCUCUCCAGCUCUCCACACCCCGCGCUCCUGCAGAAACGCUGGGGCUCUGAGCUGUCACCACUACCAGCCCUCAGGCCUUGGACACCAUGCAGGCCAUCAAGUGUGUGGUGGUGGGCGAUGGAGCCGUGGGCAAGACCUGCCUGCUCAUCAGCUACACCACCAACGCCUUCCCUGGAGAGUACAUCCCCACCGUGUUUGACAACUAUUCAGCCAAUGUGAUGGUGGACAGCAAGCCCGUGAACCUGGGGCUGUGGGACACGGCCGGGCAGGAGGACUAUGACCGCCUCCGGCCACUCUCCUACCCACAGACGGAUGUCUUCCUCAUCUGCUUCUCCCUUGUCAGCCCAGCCUCCUAUGAGAAUGUCCGGGCCAAGUGGUUCCCCGAGGUGCGACAUCACUGUCCGAGCACACCGAUCAUCCUGGUAGGCACCAAGUUGGACCUGAGGGACGACAAGGACACCAUCGAGAAGCUGAAGGAGAAGAAGCUGGCACCCAUCACCUACCCGCAGGGCCUGGCACUGGCCAAGGAGAUUGACUCAGUGAAAUACCUGGAGUGCUCAGCCCUCACCCAGCGAGGCCUGAAAACCGUCUUUGAUGAGGCGAUCCGGGCCGUUCUGUGCCCGCAGCCCACACGGCCACAGAAGCGCCCCUGCAGCAUCCUCUAGGGGAUGCACCCAGCCUUCCCAGCCAGAUGGUUUUGACUCUCCAAGGCCCCCAACCCAAUGCCCAGUGGCCCCCCUGGCUGGCCACACUCUUCCCUUCCUGUGGCGUUUCUUAGCAAGAUGGCUACAGAGCUUGGUUGACCGUCUUCUCUGUGCUGAAGGUCCCCCUGGGGGCCCAAAGAGUGUAAAUUUGUAGGUGCUUCACCCCCAUCCCAUCAUGCUCCAGCCUUCUCAGGGGCCAGAAGGGGGUCCCAGCACCCAGUAAGCCACCCCUGCAUUGCUGUGGUCAGAUGCCACACAUGGCGUCAUCUACCUGUUUACUCCUCCCCUCACCCUCAAUGCUUGAAUCCCCUCUGGGAACUUCAGGCCAGAUGGUUGCUGGCCACCACUUAUAUACCUUCAGAGAUGGAUCUCUCAUUCCCUUCUAGGGCAGCAGUAUACUCAAGUAUUGAUGGUCUUGCUUAUUGAGAGUUCUUCUACCGAGCUAAAUUAAGUGUCUCAGAGGGUUUGUUCCUCUCUGGUCUUAGUCCUCCUUUGGGGACAACAUAUUAUAUUCAGAUUUUCUAAAUCUCUGUGAGUACCUGCCCAAUCAAUUGAAAACCAGGGUCCUGCUGACUCCUGCCAUCUCUCAAGUCUUUCUGCUCCACUCAAAGGACCCCGAGCUGCAUUUAUCUGUGAGAGUCUUAAAACGUUCAGAUCCUGCCAGUCAGGACUUUUGCCAUUGCAAAUAGAAACCCAAUAGAAACCCUGCUUAAGCAGAAAAUAAAUUUAUUGAUUCAAGAUUGGAAAUAUCAUGACUUCAGGUGCAGCUUGAUCAAGGGGGCUCAAAUGAAGUCUUCAGGGCUCACUUUUCUAUACCUUCUGCUGUCUGGUUCAUUCUUAGGCACAGUGACUCUCAGGGCUUCACCCUUCCAGUUUCAAGUUCAGCAAAAAAGAGCAAGUGUCUGCCCCAGGCAAAGUUCUGAUUAAGGUUUACUCUGAUUGGUCCGGCUUAGAUCUUGGGCCCCCUUUCAACCAAUCACAGUUGUCAGGAGAAUCCUGUGCUCUGAUUGGCCAAACCUAGACUACUUGACAAGCUAGAGCAGGGAGAGUAGUCCUGUUUCAAAACCCCACCCACUAGGGUGGAGGUGGGGGGAUUUGGUUCUCAAAAGGAGGCUGAGAGCCUUGUCAGAAUUUGGGAAUAUGGGUGUCGAGCAGCCAGAAACCCCAGUCUCCAAUAUUGGCGGUCCCAGGAAAGUGUCCAAACAGUGUAAGGAACCAAUGCCGGUCCCAGCAGGCACUAAGCACAGGGAAGUUUCUUUAAGAAGAGAUGGGGCUGCUGUCAGGAUUAACAAAGCUCAUCUCUAAAGCGCCACGGACAGGUAUGGAGCCAAUCUCCCCUCAGUGUUUGCUGAUUCACGAAUGCCAGACUUGGGAUGAUCCUGCUUCUAUUUAUCUGAGCUUCAUCCGUCCAUUCAACACAAAUUUACCAGGCACUGUUGUGUGGUCCUGCGAUUCACCUGAGUUACUGCCCUCAGGGGCUGACAGUAUAGAGAAGCUAAAAUAAAGGAUUUUUAAAAAGAGA